AUGGCGGCGGGCUCGGCGGCGACCGGCGCGGACGAGAAGGCUCUGGCGCAGGGGUGGCGGAGGGUCGUUGACCGGGAGGCCGUCGACCGGGGCGUCGCCUACGCGCUCAUGGUCGUCGCUCUCGUCGCCACGGUUCGAUCUCGCCUCUCCACGAGUCGGUGUGAUUGUGUGGGAUGCAGCGGCGGGGCUAUCUCCGGCAGCCCGCCUGGCCUCCACCGACUCUAG